GUGAAAGCCAGCAUUCCUUAUCUUCUGAGGAUUCGGCCGUUGUCAAUAUUGGCAGUGUCGGAAAUAGGAACCCUGCAGAAGACGAGGAUGAUGAGAGUGGAGCAGGCUCAGUUAUUGUGCCCAUUCCAUCAUCUGGAAUUCUCCAGCCUUCAAAUUGAGGAUGUUGUUGGAGGUGUAUGCAGCCUACAAGACUGGCCUUGCCUCUGGCUCAAGCCUGAAGGUUCAUGUUCCCCAAACUUCUGCCCGUGAAGUUGUGUACUUAGUUGUAAAGCAGCUGAAUCUUGCGGCUGUGCGGAAAGGGAAGGGAGGUCCUGUUUACCCUGAUGAUCGACUAGAAAACUUUUGCCUUUUGCCUUUUGCCGUGAACGGUGUCUUCGUAAUGAUUUCAAGCCCUUACAAUUACAAAACCCCUGCCGGAAGGGUAGGGUGUAUGUACGGCAAAAACGUGACGUUUUUGCAGCCCUAGACCAGUGUGCUCGAAGACCCACAUCAUUUCUGUAGAGUAUUGAAUGAAUUUGUGAUGUUAGAAACUUGCCUGUGCUGCAAUUUCCUGAUUACUGUAGUGUUAAUGGGCACCAUUAUUGUUUCAUGUCAAGUCUUUUGAACCUUUUUCUUGAAAUCUCAUAGUUUUCCCAGACCUUAUUUUAAAGAGUACUUCAAAUUAUUAGGAAGUGUUGUUAUUGUUGAAUACAAUUCCUAUUUAUUGUGAAUUCCAGAAUUGGCAUGUCAGGAUAGCUAUGACAAACACAUGGUCCUUGGUGUCAGAUCUUUAUCAAAUCUAACUAUGAAUGAUGAAUGCAUGAGCAUGAAAUGAUGCACAUCUAUAGUAAAGAGUAAAGAGAAUAUGAUGCUAGCCAUUGUACGCUAGUGAUGAUUUGAGAUAUCAAUGUGCAAGAUGUUUGAAAAGUUUUCCAUCUAUUGAUGAAGGAAUGACUCAUGUCACAGAUAUGCACCAAAGACAUCUUCACUGCAUCAGAUAUAUAGUUGAUACUCAUUCAGAAGACUAUAUUAAUAUGGAUACCACCCAUCAAAUUCUUGAAUUUGGUUUACCUGUUGAAGCUUCUUUGAGCAGGGCUACCUCAACUCUAGGCUCUUCCCCUAGUAAAAAUAGUUCUCCACUUCAGACAAGUACAAACCAAAGAUUGUCCCCAAGAGGUUCUGUUGGAAGCAUUACACCAAUCACUUCACCUGUUUCUGGUACACCCUGCGUAUCUCCUAAAAAGUUUGAUUCUGUGAAAGGUAUUAAAGCUCUAGGUUCGAGAUCAGUUUUAAAGCCAAUGCCCCAAACUGUACCCCAGUUUGAUCAACCAAUGGAAUUGGGAACAAAACUUAGCCCAAAAACAAAACAUGCAGUAAACCCACAAGCUGAUUGUUGGAUAACUGUUGAAGGUGAAGACAUUGAAGUAGAUGAAAGUGCUCUGGAGGAAGAUAUUGAGGAAGUAGAGGAUGAAGAAACUAGUUCUGAAGAAAAUCAAUUACUAAUGAGUGGAAAUUGAGAAGAGUUUAAUAUUGAGGAGCAACCUUCUUCCUCUGCUGAAGCUAUAAAACAAUCAUCUGUGAGGCUACACAGUUCAAAGGUACACCAAGGAUUGGAUUUGAAACCUGUUAAAAAUAAUUUGCCACCCUCUCCUAAAAUUUUACCGCUGCCCAACCAACAAAAGAAA